AUGCUUCAAGAAGAUAAAACGGCAGCAUCCUCUAAAGGAGACUUCGAAAAUAGAAAUAAAAAGGAGAGCAAAUUCUAUGAUGAAGCCAUUGUUUCCGCUGAACUCUAUUCGAAGAAUUUCCGAGAGAGGAAUUUUUAUGACCGCCCUAAUCUUUCCAGCCCAUAUAGUCAUGGGUGGACUAAAUAUGCCCCUCACACAAACCGCCAUCCUGAGUGGUAUGUUUAUGGUCCCGAAGAUGUAGAUGAAGGAGUGGACCAGUACGAUUAUGAUAUGUCAGCUGGUGACGACGAAAAGGAAAAUAGUACCUUGCACAAACGUCAAACUGGAGGAACUUUUGGUGGCGUUGAUGAUCGAGCUAAACAUCCGAUCGGAGGUUUACGCAAUACCUACUCUAAUUCUGAUUUUUUAGACACCAGCUUCACCAAAAAUCGCAACGCAGUUGGUUCUACUGAGUAUUCUACAAGAGGCGACCGUCCACCGAACAUAAAAACUUUGAGGGAGAUCGAAUCCAAGCUGAGAGUUCAACAAAUAGAGCCCAAAUCACCUGCAGAUAUGAGUGCUUACUACAAACUUCUGGGUUGUGUUGUUCAGACAAACGCCGCUUCAGCUAACGCCUGUAUCAGUCAACAGCUAGAUGUUGCCUCACACAACCCACCUUCAAAUGAGCAUGUGGCAGGUAACCACUAUUUUGCAAAACCCCUCUUAACUGACCCAAAAGACUUGAAUCAGCUACAAAGCCAACCGGAACCUAUACCUGAAAAUCACUUGCGGGAGCAGCCAAUCUCUCACAACACUGUCCAUGAUCAGGGCAAUAUGGCUCUCGAUGUUAAUCUGAAGCCUACAUUAAACGUGCCCAUCCAUAUACGUCCAUCGGAACAAAUCCUUGGCUCCGCACUGAGUUCAGCAGUUGCAGGAAGCUUCCCAAUUCGACCGGUGAAACCACUAUUAUUUUACUAUCCUCCUCACACAAACCAUCUUUUUGGGCGUCCAAUGAUGAAUUCCCUGAUUCUCCACCAAAUAUUGCAAUAUCAGAUGGGCCUCCGAGCAAAUCCGAAAUUUCUUCUAUUCAUUUUGUUAAACCGUGAGGCUGCCAGAACACCCGCCUCUGGUGUGGAUUCAAUACUUCAAAUUUAUUCGAUCAGUAUGGUGUACAGCAUGUUCUGCGCCCUGACCACGCUAGCUGCUAAAGCUGGUCUUCGUUCUUGUCUGAUAAAUGUAAUGUUCACCAGUUUCGCUUGGUCGACUUUGUUGACUGAAGGGCCAAUAGGGCGCGCAGCGCCUGAUCAAACCACUGCAGCCUGUGAUGCUAAAUACAUGUUCUAG